GGCCUUUUAGUUGGGAAUCAGAUUCAAAUUUAUAAAACUGCAACAUGCUUAUAUGGUGUUUAUUUACUCGAGCAUUCAGAGCAAAGGAUCAGAUUGCCAAUUUCUCAAACUUCCCAGAUGGGUGCUGGUAAGUGAAUUUGAAAGUUCCAGACUAUCCUAAAUAGUAAAUACUAAAUAUCAAAAGUCCUUUGCCAUUGCUUUGCCAAUCUCUCCUGUAAGAAGCAAAACAAUUUUGCUUCAAAAUUCCAAGCUUUGUGACCCUUUUGUCAAAAGCCUUAUAGUUCAAUUGAUUGACACUUUUUUGUGUGUUUCUAACCAUAUCUAGGUUCAAAUCCUUUAUCUCUCGUUGUAACUAUCAAAUUUGUAUAUAUUUUUAAAACCUUUAAGACCUUUCUAACUCUCAAAUCUCUAGAAAAAAAAUGUCUCUAAAUUUUUUUCUAGCCUUUCUUCUGGCCUCCUCUAUUGUUCAAUCUCAAGAACUCAGCCCCAAAAAGAUAUUUCUUUUGGCUGGGCAAAGCAACAUGGUUGGGGAAGGCGGGGUUAAGAACAACACAUGGGACAUGAAAAUCCCCCCUGAAAGCAAUCCCAGCCCUUUCAUUCUACGACUCAAUUCCAACAAGACUUGGUUUGUAGCUCAUGAGCCUCUUCACAAUGAUAUUGACACAACAAAGGUAUGUGGAGUUGGACCAGGCAUGCCUUUUGCUCAUGAGGUUUUGGCAAAGGACCCCAACUUUGGGGUGAUUGGUCUUGUGCCCUGUGCCAUUGGAGGGACUAUGAUCACUGAAUGGGCCAAGGGAACUAUUCAUUACACAGAUUUGGUGGAAAGAGCUAAUGCUUCCUUGAGGAGUGGUGGCAAAAUCAAAGCACUCCUAUGGUAUCAAGGGGAAUCUGAUACUCAGAAUCAAACAGAUGCCAAUUUAUAUAAAGAAAGACUCUAUAAGUUCUUCAUUGACAUUAGGAAUGAUCUAAACUCUCCUAAUCUCCCUAUAAUACAGGUGGCUCUAGCUUCAGGUUUUAACAGCACUUUAGAAGAAAUUGUUAGAGCAGCUCAGCUGGAAAAUGACCUCCCAAACCUGCAAACCAUUGAUGCAAAAGGUCUGCCACUUGAAGAUGAUGGGCUACACCUAUCAACCCCAGCCCAGGUUCGACUCGGGAAAAUGUUGGCUGAUGCAUUCCUUAACAACUUCCCAAAGCCCAUCCAGUGACCUCAACUUAGUUCCUUUGCAACUCACUAAAAUAUAUAUCUGACAAACUAAAUAAAUUUGUCUUCUUUUUUUUUUUUUUUAUUAAUUUUCUUUAUAGAUAGGAUUUGAAUUUAUAUUGCCUGAAUUGUGAUGAUGGUUUUUUAUCAUUCAAGAUAAAUGAAUUUCAAGUAGAUUUUUGUUUUUUA